AUGAAUAGUAUUUGCGUUAUUCUACUCCGCGCGUGGGUAUUUUUUAUGUGGAACGUUCAGCAGUUUAUCGAUUAUAUUCGGGGGAAAAGAGGUGCAUUCAUUCCCAUUACCGAUCUGCGAAUCGUUCACUGUUUGGACGGCCUUCUUGUUGUGGACAAGUCACACGAACUACUCAUAAACAGUACACACCCUUGGAGGAAUUAUGUAACCCUCCAAAUGCAGGUGCGCGAGAUGAGUCAACUUUCAUCCGUUUUUAGACUCGCAAACUUUACAUUGGAGCAUAUGUACAGAUUCAUCCAUCGUCUUGAUGCUUCCACUAGCGGUCUCAUUUGCAUCGCCUAUUCGCCAAAAAUGGCUGGCCUAGCGGCAAAGGCUUUUCAAAAUAGGAACACCACAAAGCUUUACCUGGCGGUUGUCUGGGGGCACGUUAAGGAUUCUACAUGCCUAGAUGUGGCUCGACUGCCCAAGUCCGACUACCUCUCAUCCCUCAACAUUGAUCCCUCGUGGUGUGUUGGUGUGUGCACGAAAAUAGGAGAUAUGAAAUACCUAGUGGAUUUUGCAAUAGGAGAUCUGCACUUUUCAUGGCCAGAGGGUCGGUGUCAGAAGAUCAUGGCUCCGGGUUGUGCAUCGAACUGCCAGCGCCCUCGAUCUGCACAGACCAAAAUAACAGUACUAAAACACGGCUUCCUCGAAGGCUCGCCAGCUAGUCUACUCCUUCUUGAACCGCACUCUGGUCGCCGGCACCAAUUACGUCUACACUGCGCCCUGGGUCUACGAGGGCACCCAAUCGCUGGUGAUCUCAUCUACGGCCGUCUCUAUGGUGAUAAAGAAUUGGUGGAAGUCGCAAAAGACCACAGUCUACCGCGUCUCAUGCUUCAUGCGUACUCUCUUCACCUUGAACUAGUGCCAAAACCCCCACCAGUGAAAGGAAAGAAGAAGCAGGAGCGCGUUAAUCGAGCCCAUCCCCGGCCGCUGGAGUUCCACUUCCAGUCUUCACGUAAUAUGCUCGAAGGCUGCCAGUGGGUUGAUGCUGCCGUGUUCCACAGCUUGUAA